UGCCUCUCCAAGGGGACGCAGCGUCGGGUGUUGGAGCAGCCAGGCGGCCAGUGCGCAUCCCAGGACGCAUCACCAGUGUAGCUGCUGCAGGAGCUCCAACUUUCAGCCGAUCGGGAACUUUGUGGGGGAAACUUACAACAACAGAAAACAUGGGUUGCUUCGAGUGCUGCAUCAAAUGUCUAGGCGGCGUGCCGUACGCGUCGCUGGUGGCCACGAUCCUCUGCUUCUCAGGUGUCGCCUUGUUCUGCGGAUGUGGCCACGUGGCGCUCACUGGCACCGUGACCAUCCUGGAAACCCACUUCUCCCAGGUCACCAGUGAUCACGCCAUGCUGACUGAUGUAGUACAGCUGAUGCAGUACGUCAUCUAUGGCAUCGCUUCCUUUUUCUUCCUGUACGGGAUCAUUCUGCUGGCCGAGGGCUUCUACACAACCAGUGCAGUCAAGGAGCUGCACAGCGAGUUCAAGACCACCAUCUGUGGACGCUGCAUCAGUGGAAUGUUUGUCUUCCUCACAUACAUCCUGGGCGUGGCCUGGCUCGGUGUGUUCGGCUUCUCCGCGGUGCCCGUCUUCCUCUUCUACAACAUGUGGUCCACCUGUGCUGCCAUGAAGUCUUCCAUUGCCAACCUCACCGACAUCGACUCCAUCUGCGUGGAUGUUCGUCAAUAUGGAAUCAUCCCAUGGAAUGCCACGCCAGGCAAGGCCUGCGGAUCUACGCUAGGUGACAUCUGCAACACCAAUGAGUUCUACCUGUCCUAUCACCUGUACAUCGUAGCGUGCGCUGGGGCAGGAGCCACCGUGAUCGCUCUGAUCCACUUCCUCAUGAUUCUCUCCGCAAACUGGGCCUACCUUAAGGACGCCAGUCAAAUGCAUGCCUACCAAGACAUCAAAAUGAAGGAAGAGCGGGAGCUGCAGGACAUCACCUCACGCUCAAAGGAAUGCCUCAAUUCCUACACAUAAGGAUAUUACACGCACACGCCACAUAAACACACACACACACACACACAUUAGACACUGCGGUCAACCACCGUGGCCCUGUUGGACCAAGACAACGCUAAAACCACCUGCCGACUGCCCCUGACACUGUGCAGUACUAACCAGGCUCCUAACACACUAAUGCAUCAGUGUUGCUUUCUGCACUAACUUACCAAGAAGUGUUUUAGAUCUCCUAUGUCAAGUUUCAUUCAUGCUGAUUUUAUAUUUUCUAUUUUUCUAGAGAGAGAAAACAAAUUCUCUGUUGUCAUUUCAUUUUCUCUCACCCUUCUUUUAUAACCAUUUUUUGCUGGUGAAGCUUGAGACAUUGCACUAUUCAUAUACAACACAGUUUGUUUUUUCACAGUCUUGCUCUGUCUUUUCUGAACGGGUGGGGCCAGUUUUCAACAAAGGAAUGUACAACCUUUAUAUUUAAAUUUGUUUUGCUCUUUCUCAAUCAGAAAUGCAGAUAAAUUAUACACGUGAAAGGCCUUACGUCCAAGAUUGUUUUACUUCACAGGUCAAAUAUACAUAAUGUAUCACAUCCUGUCGGAAAAGUGGUUAUUUUAUGUAUUCUCUAAAGUCCAUUAUACUUAAGUACUUAAGUGUAUUAGUCUGGAUCAUUUGAUUGUUGAUUAUCGGUUCUAGAUUCUAAUUUUCGUCAUAGAGCUGCGUAAAACCCGCACAGACCUUUCAUGGCCUACAUUAACACUACCUCAGGUGUGCACUAUAGAGCCUCUGGAACACUUCUCCCUUUGUAAAGCUAUGGUUUCAAAAUCCCACUUCAACUGCAAAGAGACGCCUCGAACACAAGUAUAUAUUUAGGUACCUGUUAAUUAAACCAAGCGCACACACACAUACAGACACACAAAUACACACACACUUCAGGAGCUCCUCAUUGUAACAGCAUCGUGUUGUUUGAUUUGUUUUUACGAGUAAUUUCAUUAGAAUAAAUCACUUGCUAAACGUGGACCUCUGCCAAUAAUGACAUAGAAAGAUAUUUGUUUUAUUUAAUAUCUUAAAUGUUUGGUGAAAAAAGAAAAAUCAAGGUUUGCUGAUGGAAAGAGCUACAGAUAUUGGCUUAUUGUCAAUAACUAACAUCUGUACGAUACCAAGAAUUAAACCUUACUUGGUUUUGAAAACUGAAACAAACAGAAUUAUGUCCCAUGUGUAUUGGUACUUUGAAAAACCUGUUGAUCCAAACAGAUCUUAAGAUAUGAGCUGUAAAUUACGAGCCAGGGUUUUUUCUUAUUUUUACUAAAGACAAAAAAAACAACACUUUUUCUUAAUUUUCUAUAUUUGCAUCUUUUUUUGAUGUGCAAUUGUCAUGAUUCUGACAUAAUUACUCGUGUAAUCUUUUGUCUGCUAGUUGAGUUACAGGAAUAAUGUUUCUUUGUUGCAUGGAGAAAAACCUGUUUCUGCAGCAACACACAUGUGAUGUACAGUCAUUUAUACUGAUGUCAUUAGUAGGCAGUGUUUGCCUGUUAACUUUUUUUUCUUUCUAACCGAUUAAUUAAUCUAUUUUAUGUAGCCGAUUAGUUGUAGAUGUCUUUUUAGCUUCUAGUCAAACUUCUAUAAGUCUUAUAUUGUUUUGUUCCUGUAUUUUCUGUGAAUGUCAAGGGCUUCCCCCGUAAAUUACUGAAGCUUACAUUUUGGAAACAACAAUCGCCACACCGGCCAUUUAUAAAACUUAAUCGAAAUGGUCAAAUCAGCCACAGUGUAAAUGCCAAUGUGACCAUAUAACCACGGGUGUGCAGAGGCCGAUAUGAUGGAUCUACAUGAAGCAGGGGUUCUAUCACAUCUCAUCUUUGUCCGCCAUGAUUCCUGUUGAAUGAACCAAAAGAAAAACUAAAGAAAAAAACGCUACCUAUCAAUCACCAGAAGGAUAAAAAUUCCAGUAUCCUGUCUGACUGGAAAUCCCUUUAUGACAUGACUGUUUUUAUGGAAAUAAAAAAUAAUAAUUCCCCUCUA